GUCAGUGACUAAAAUCGAGAUUGUAAUUUUGUUCGUGAGAGCUGCUAAAGAAAAUCUCUCCACAUAUAAGGAGGUUUUUAUACAAAAACCACCACGGAAGCAUCCGGGUACUAGGGCCUUCGCGCCCGGUCGCUCACACCGUCGGGUCGUCGAGCCGAGGGGGGAUCGGCGCGAGCACACCAACGACACACAGCCGCUGUUUGCUCCUGCGCACGCUUAGGUGCCGAUUCACCCGCCGCUCGCACCAAAAGCCCGAUCAUGUUGAGAGCGGGCGCGAGGCACCCGGAUGCUGCUGACGACGACAGCCCGCCGGUGGCGUCCACUUCCGGCCAGGCUGCGGCCGCGGCGCCGGACCUGCCACAACUGUACGCUACCCUCAACGAGUACCUGUUACUGGAGCACAAGUUCCAGCCUAGACUGUGCCUGCCUGCCGACUGUGAGAACGGUGAGGUUACCGUAGGCGCCCGAGAUGGUGCCGCGCACGUACUACGCUGCCUCAAGGUGUGGUUUGAUCUGCCAGCCAGCGUACUCAUACACGCCAUCAACUUGUUCGACCGUUUCCUGACCAAGAUGAAAGUCCGCCCUUGCCACGUGCCCUGCAUCACGGUGUCCUGCAUGAACAUAGCCAUCGACGAGCAUGCCGACCUCACCCGCCAACCCAGGAACGUGCUCGUGGAAGAACUGGUAUCAGUGUCCCAGUCCGCGUGCACUGCCGGCGACGUGGCCCGCAUGUCCCGCGUGAUAGUGGACAAGUUGGGACUUGUUAAAGGCUGCCACAGCGUCACGGCUCUGGACUGGCUGCGGCUAUUGAGAACUUUGGUGGUGUGUGCUGCAGAGGAGCUGAAUAUAGACGCGCCCUUGUGUCAGGAGAGUGAAUUAGUGAAUCUGCUGGAGAUCGUGGUAUGCGAUGCGGUUUGUGCCAACGCUAGAACCAGCGAACUGGCGCUCGUACUCAUAUACCAUCAGUUGGAACAGCAACUGGUAGAAUGGUCCCGCCGGGAAGGGAACCCGGUGCCGGAGGCCGCCUACCUGCUCUACGAUUACGCCGCUCAGCUGCAGGCGCACUGCCAUAUGUCAGACGCGUCCCUGGUGAGCUGUCGCAACAGAGUUCGCGUCGUGAUCUCCCGGUACGAGGGCAGGUGUGCUGCCACGCAUAGACAACCGUUAGUGUGGAGAUUAUCCGAGAGGACGCUCAAGGUAUUGCGGCCUACCGACCGUCUGACGUCGCUGCUGCCCACAAUCGAGGAACAACACCUUGCCGACGCCUCGCCGCCAAGGAAACGUUCGGGUAGCGAGGGCAGCGACUCUGUAGACAUGUCGGAUUGGCCUCGCAGCCCCAUCCUGCCUGUUUACUGCGACCACUGAUCCAUUGAGGCGAAAAACUCAACGAAAAACCACCAAAAAAGCGUUAUCCUCAAAGCGAAGAACUUACAGUAGCAAUAGUUAACACGGUACCUAUCUUAAAAAGAAGUACCUUAUUACCGUUAAAAAAAUAGACACAUGUUCGAUCAAGACGAGUAAGAUAAUUGUCAUACAAAAUUUGCCUAAACAAUGUUUAAAUCUUACUUUUUUGUAGUCAUAUCAUCGCUAGAAUCUGAUAAUCACAACACUCGAAUGAUGUUAAUAAUGCGUUAUUAUUUAAACACACUACACUUAUAAAAGAAAACACACCACACCUGUGUUCGUAUACCUAUAUAAUUUCACGUUUAUUUAUAAUAAGAGAAUUGUUUCGUCAUUGAGUGUUUGUUUUUUAUGAAUUUCCUAUGAUUAAAAAAAAUAGGUUACAAUUUUUGUUCGUACUCAGCAUACUGUUUGUUCUUCGCUAAACGAAUGCAGCUAAAACCACACAUCACCUUCUCAAAAUUGUUUUAUGAUCCUUAUUUUGAAAUCAGUCAAAACAUCGAGAUCUAAAAUUUAAUAUAAUUAAAUAUAUAACGAGAUGUCCAGAGAAUCUAGUGAUUUUGCGAGCGAAUGUAUUGUAUUAUUUUGAUAAACUAAAAACUUAAAUCUAUAAUAAUAAUCAAGUUUUAUUGAUAAUAUAUACCAUAAUUAAUUCCUUUGAAAUUGACAUUUAAAUAAUUGAAUAAUUAUGUAGGUAUUUUAUACUCGAAAUCAAAGAAAAUAUUAAUUAUUAUGGUUUUCAUGUAGUGAUAAUCGAGAAAAUGUGAUUUUUUUGACAUGUAAAUAAAUUGUAUUAGAAAAGAAUAUAUCAAAUGGGUGGUUGUUAGAAAAAUCUUACAAAACAAUAUGUUCGCUGCAAUAUACCUAAAACCUCUUGUGUAAAGAUAACAGUCGGUGGGUUAGUUCUUUAUAUAUUAUCUUAAAUAUAAUUUAGUCUAAUUACAUAACUUUAAAAAAAUUAAACGAGACAAAAAAAAUCAACAAAAAGUGCAAUUCUUGAAUAAAAAAAAUUAAAAAAAAAAUGUAUUUCGUUCUCGAACAUUCGCUUUUUAAGGUUUUAGUUUAAUCUUAUCCAUAGGCAUAGAGAAUGGACUGGGCUGAUAAUGAUAAGUGAGUACUCUUUCUAUUUUUCUAGAGUAUUGUCAAUUUCAUGCGAGUCCAUUCCAUUUUGUAUGUCUAUGGUCUUGUCAAACGAGUGACAGGCGCGAGGUAUCAACAAGACUUAAAUUCUACCAAAAUGGUAGAAAUUUUUACACAAACGGUAGAUCUUUCUAACAAAAUGGUAGUUUUCCGAGUGUCGUCGAUAUCUCGCGCUCUGUCUUAUAAUUUCUUCUCUGUUAGUACAAUGAUGGUAAUGUAAUAUUUUCAGCCCCAGUAGGUAUUUUGUUAUUGUCAAUUGUACUGAAAAUGUGUCGCUUUUGGCGUUUCGUGCCGUUUUUGAUGUAGCAUUUUGUUCGCAUUUAUUCGUUGGCUGACAUUUUUUUUUACUUGGUAUUAUUGUGAUUUGAUGCUGAUGUGUUUGUGUGUAUAAUUCAUAGAUUAACACCCCCUUAUUAAUAAGCUUGGAUUAGGUUACUCAUGGUUCUGUCUCUGUUCAUUGAAUGACAAAUGGCAAGGCGCAAUGACAUGAGCAAAACAUAGCAUAGAAAAAAGUUUUUAAAGUUUUAAGAAAAAAAAAUUUUUUUUCUAGUUAAAUAUUUUCUUUAGAUUUAAACAUCUAGCAGUUAAAUGCUUAAUAAAAUAAAAACAUAACUAUAAAUGCUAUUUCUUCUUUCAAAUGUUUAAUACUUGGAAAAGUAUUCAUUUGACAUUGUGGGUUCCCUACAAUGCUAAGAGAUGGCGCUGCCUUGCAGCUUAAGGACUGGAAAAUUUCGACGCGGCCAUCAGGGCUGCGGUAGCAUAAUUGGUCAGUGCAUUCGCCCGGAUUGCGAAGGGUGCGGGUUCGAGUCCCGUCUGCUGCCUGGUCCGCGUGGAUUUUUUUCUAUUAAAAACAUUUCUUUAGAUUUAAACAUCUAGCAGUUAAACGCUUAAAAAAAUAAAAACAGCGUAACUAGUCUUAAGCUUAUUCCACGCUUAUAAAUAAGGGGCAAGAGUAGACUGAGCGUUCCCUGUUAAGUAAAACUAGACUAAGUGUGAAAGAGAGGAAUAGAUCGUGCGGCCAAUCGUUCUAUUGUAUUGGCUGCAUCAUCGCUUUGUCUCUUUCUCGGCAGUUGUCAGUUUUAUAAGAGUGUCGUUCAUUCCACUCUCCAUUGCCCGCACAGCACUUGCCUAUUGCCUUGCUUAUUUGUAAACUUGGCAAGCGGUUGUCCUUAUCAUGUUCUAUAAGGAGCGAAAAGGACAGACUGAUGUCUUUGCAAAUAGCGAACACGAAUAGCCAAGCGAAGAGCGGCAUAUAUCUAUGAUUUUAAUUCGACUAUAUUAGUUAUUGGCUCCGAAUAUGUUGUUCAGUGUUUUGUAAAUAUGCAAUUAAUUUAUUCUACGAUUAAUUGUGAACAAAUCGCGUUCAGAAACGGUCGAUGGUGUAUGCAGAAGAGUACACUGUUUUUUCCAAAUCCCCUUAAUAUAUCGGUCAAGCUUUAUUAAUCGUAUUUAAAAGUAUUUUUUAAGAGUAAUCAUAAAUCAUUUUUUUUUAUAUAAAUGGAUAGGAAAAAGCAGUGUCCUACUCCGGAAAGGAUUUCCAUGUAAGAUAUAACAUGAAAAAGAAAUAUGUUAUAAAAAUAAUCCAUAAUUUCUUUAGCUUAAGUUUCCCACUUAUCAAGAAAAUCUACUUAUUUGGCCGCGUUUUAAAGGCCAUUGAAACUUUUUUUUUAUAUCGCAAAAGUGUUGAAAAUAAUAUCCACCGAUUUUUUUAAAAGUACAUACAUGGUAUCAGUAACAUAAGUAUUAUUGUAAUCUUUAACUUAUGGUUUUUUUCACUCCUUUGUUUACUUUAUGACUAACUCUAGUUACGGAGUUUUCUUUCCAAAUCUAUUACGUAUUUAUUUCACUCAUCUAAUUAUAUUAUGAUAAAAAAAACAUGUUUUUGGCAUUAUUAUCAUUUUUAUUUUAGACUUUAAUGUUCGUAAAUUUGAUACUUAGUUAUAUAAAUGAAGAAAUGACAAAAAAAAUACAAAUAUUAUCCAAAAGAAAAAUUGUAGAAAAAAAAAUGAUCUCAGGUAUAUAAUUUUGUUUCAUAUAGAUGUGAAGGAUAUCCAUACUAAACAGUUUAAUGGUAGUUUUGUACGAAGUAAGUUUUUUUUAUCUUUUUCGAAUGGCUGUAUGAAUGUGUGUGUUUGCAUUUUCUGGUUUCAUACAAGGUUUUGUCAGAGAAUUUUUCCUACGAGAAAUCUGGACAUUUUUUUAAAUAGAAAUAUGCGUGAGUGAACGUGUGUUCAUAAUGUUUAACAAGAAAAUAUACCUCUGUGAUAAUUUGUCUUAAAAUAUGCCAUCUUACAUCAUAAUAAAAUGUCAUCAAUAAAAUAUUUUUGUGAGUCGGGUGUUUUACGCUGUCCAGCGGGCGAAUCGAGUUUUUUAAAUAGCUAAAUUUAUUAAAGAAAUCCAGGUGUAAAAAGUAUUAACGAAAUUUAAAAAUAACUUUUUCAUAAUUAUUGUGUAUAGAAUUUUAGAUUUUAUCGAGUUUUGUCGUUUCGUAAAUUGUCUUUCUUUCACCAUUGCCUUAACGUCAGUUUGCUGCACAAAUUCUAAUUUUAAAAUUUACAGUCGUUUUUUUUUGUAAAAUAGGCUGAAUGCUUUAUUUAUACUGUUUCCUUCAAAUUAGUAAUGUAAAAAAAACUAUUUUAGUUCUGAAAUUAGAAUAAUAGUAUUCUAUGGUUAUAAACUACAAUAUUUUUUCAAAAACGAUCAUGUUGUAUUUACAAAAACGUUAAUAAACAAAUGCAGCUAUUCGUUAUUGCUCAAAUAACGAAUGACCCAUAACGAUAAGCGUUUAUUUACGUUUUUAACUUAACAAAAUUAACUUUGUCUACUUAAUUAGCUUAGUAUGUAUGGUAGUAUGUAUAAACAUGUAGUUUGUGCCAGCAAAUUGUCAAAUUGCACGAAGCAUUUAUACUGUUUUCACCCGUGUGCCGCAGAAAGUUUGUAUAAUGUAUUCGGAUGCAGCUGUAAAAGAGCUUGUAUUGUAUGUGUGGUAUAAAUACUGAAGUCUCGAAUCUAAGAGAAUAAAAAGUUGGACUCUUACUUUACCCUGUUGU